AUGGAAUGGAUAUUAGAGGAAGUUGGCAAAGGCAGUAGGACUCUAGCAUUAGCGGAAGGCUCAUACCACGUGAAUCCUGGACCUCAGGCGCACAUCUUCUUCUCAAAACUAGCAAGUGUCACGAUAUGGAUGGACUCUGUCAAUUUGACCAUGACGGAGGUUGGACUUACAGCCUUCAACUUCUACGAGUGCUCCGAUCUCAUCACCUACGGCCCAACGGUCUGGUGGGACACGCCUGGAUUUUCUCAAGCUACAAUAACGGAAGUCAAGAAUACUGGGAAUAACAAUUACAAACAAUAUAGGGUUCCAUCUCGACGAUGGCUAUAA